GGAGUCAGCAACUGAAAACUUCAAUACAUCAAUGAAGAUCGGAGAAGGGGCAUUUGGGAAUGUCUACAAAGGAUCCCUUCACCAAACCCCUGUGGCCAUAAAGAGAUUUAAUUUUCAUAACUUGGAAGGACAAAGUAGCUCAGAUUUCCAACGGGAGGUUGAAGUCUUGAGCAAGGUAAGGCAUCGAAACCUUGUUACUCUCAUUGGGGCCUGUCCUGAAGCUUCUUCACUUAUAUAUGAAUACCUCCCAAAUGGUAGCCUUGAGGAUAGACUCACUUGUAAGGAUGGCACUCCACCUCUUUCAUGGAAAACUCGAUUCCGAAUAGCCAAGGAGAUCUGCUCAGCCCUAAUCUUCCUUCAUUCCAAUAAACCUGACAGCAUAGUUCAUGGGGAUCUCAAACCAUCAAAUAUCCUUCUUGAUGUAAAUUUUGUAAGCAAACUUGGUGAUUUUGGGAUUGCUAGCUUUAUCCCUCGUGAUGAAAAAUUGAUCGACACAACCACACUAUUGUGCAUAGCUGACCCAAAGGGAACCAUUGGCUACGUAGACCCCGAGUUUCUAACAACUGGAGAGCUUACAUCGAAGGCAGACAUUUAUUCAUUUGGAAUUGUAGUUUUACAGCUUUUGACUGGGAAAUCAGCCAUGUGGUUAAGAAAGAAAGUGCAAUUUGCGCUGGAUGAGGGAACUCUGGAUGACAUAUUAGAUGCAUCAGCAGGUGAUUGGCCUUUGGUAGAUGUGAAGCAGCUAGCUCAAAUGGCAUUGAGGUGCUGUGAGAUGAAUCGGAAGAAUCGGCCAAACCUUGAGUUAGAAGUGUGGAAUAUGCUCGAUCAUGUUGUUGAAGACUCAAAUUUAACUUCGUAA